UUUUUUUUGCGUCGAGCCGCCGUCCAUCACAGACGUCAUCUUUCCCCCACCCGUGACGCUUCUGUGGACAUGAGAAGGCUUAGCGUUGGCCCGUGACACGUGAACGCACCAUGCUGCAUUCAGGAGCCUGGAGGCUUGCGCUGCUCAGCCUGCUCCUGCAGCCCGGGCUGGCCGACAGAUACGGUUGCCUGUUUGAGAGGAAAGUGUGCUCCAGAGAUCAGUUGUGCUCUAACGACGGGCUGUUUGGUCAGUGUCGGGGUUCCAAGCAGGACCGGGUCCAGUACCAGGUGACAGUUCCAGUACUGAAGAGGAUGCAGGAAGUCCUCAAACAGCUCAUGCUCCAAGGUCUCUCCUGGCAGGACGACAUCACGCAGUACAUCUUGUCCAAGGAACUGAAGAGAGUUCCACACCUGGCCCAGUCAAACAAACCAAACUCCUCUUCACAGUCUGCUCUACCCCAGCACCAGCACCAGCACCAGCACCAGCACCAGCACCAGGUCUCCAAGUCCGGGUCCGGUCCUCCUGCCGCCAACUAUGUGGACUACAUGAUUGUGGAACCCCCUCGCUCUCCACUACACCUGCAGCCAGCCUCCAUCCACCCGUACAACUACCACCAGCACAGACUUCAGGAUGAAGCCGAGAGCUACGCCCGCCCCGCCCCUUCCUGGUCGCCAGCCAAUCAGAGAGGGCGAGACAGGCAGAUGCUUCAGGAGGCGUUGUCGCUCUAUCUGGCUUCUGCGCCGCCGUCGUACCGUCAUCGUGGCUCCGCCCCCAUGGCUCCCCCGGGUCUGCCUUACUACGACGACCUGCACAUGGCGAUACCAGUGGACUACGGCGAGGAUUACGCCCUGGAGGAGAGACUCGGUACUGUGGACAGACAACAAGACAAGAAGGUUUCUCAGUCUGGUGGUUUGCUGCAGAGGAUGUCGGGCGUCCUUCAGAGGUAUGGAGUGGACCCCAAAGAACUGAGUCAAGGGCAACUUUACAAACUGGCCCUGAUACUGCAGAUCCUGCAGGCCCAGGACAAGACUGCAGGUCCCGAUGAGAAGGACCUGGACACCCUCAAGGAGAUGCAGCUGCUAAACAUUCCCAGGAAGGUGGAGAAACCUGCUCCUGUUCCCAAGGUUCCCGACACCCCUCAGCCCCUGGAACCUGGAACUACACCUUCUAGACCCCCACCCUCACAGUCUCCUUCCGGGCCAGGAGCCCCACAGGAAGCAGCAGGUCUUGAUGGACCAGGAGCCAAGGAGGAGUAUGGCUACAUCGUCACCAACCAGAGUCCUCUGAGUUUGCACGAUGGCAUGAAACUGUUGGAGCUCCUGGCUGAGAAGAUCCACCUGACAAGCAGAAGCUUCAUCAACAUAAGCGUGGUGGGACCUGCGCUGACCUUCCGCCUCCGCCAGAACCCACACAACAUGAGCGCUGCACAGGUGGCUGCUAAAGCAGUAUCCGAAAAGAACUUCCUGGAGUCUGAGACGACCCUGAAGAUCGUUCAGAGUGGCGUGGGAGAGAGGACAAAUGCACGGGGUCUCCCUCAGGUGACCAGGGUUUCCCAGGGCUCCAGUGGGACGGUCAUCACGCUGGUUUCCAUGGCAGCGGUGGGAGGGGUGCUGAUGGUGGCGGUGGCCUUCGCCUGCCUCAGACACUACGCUCACCACCUGGCCAAUGGCAAGCUCGGUCUGGGGCCAGAGGGAGGGGCCGAAACACACUUUGACUAUCAGGAGCUAUGUCGCCAGCACAUGGCGUCCAAAUCCUCUCUGUGCCGCCAGGACUGCGUGGGCGCCGGCACCAGCGGGGUGGCGGGCGGCGCCGCCGGCGGUCGGCGGGGGACGGACACGUCCCGCGUGAGCAGCGUCUCGUCCCAGUUCAGCGACGGGCCGCAGCACAGUCCCUCGUCCACGCACAGCUCCACGCCGUCCUGGAGCGAGGAGCCCGCCCAGUCCAACAUGGACAUCUCCACCGGUCACAUGAUUCUGACCUACAUGGAGGACCACCUUCGUAACAAGGACCGCCUCCAGAAGGAGUGGGAGGCCCUGUGCUCCUACCAGGCCGAGCCCAGUUCAGUGGCGCUGGCACAAACUCUCGCCAACGUGGACAAAAACAGACAAGCGGAAUCGCUGCCAUAUGAUCACUCACGGGUGAAGCUGAAAAAGGACGUCAACCCCAAAAAACAAGAUUACAUCAACGCCAGUUUUGUGUUUGACCACGAUCCUAGGCAGCCAUCUUACAUCGCCACCCAGGGACCUCUGACUCACACCGUGGCAGACUUCUGGCAGAUGGUGUGGGAGAACGGCUGCACAGUGAUCGUGAUGAUGUCCGCCCUGGUGGAGGACGGACAGAAACAAAGUGCCAGGUACUGGCCUGACGAGGGUUCCUCCCUGUACUACAUCUAUGAGGUCAACCUGGUGUCAGAGCAUAUCUGGUGCAAGGACUUCCUGGUGCGCAGCUUCUACCUGAAGAACCUGCAGACACAAGAAACUAGAACCCUGACCCAAUUCCACUUCCUGAGCUGGCCAGCUGACGGCAUCCCCACCUCCACACGCCCCCUGCUGGACUUCCGCAGGAAGGUGAACAAAUGCUACCGAGGACGCUCCUGUCCAAUCAUAGUCCACUGCAGCGACGGCACUGGCAGGACUGGCACCUACAUCCUCAUUGACAUGGUGCUCAACCGCAUGGCCAAAUGCGUGAAGGAGAUCGACAUUGCUGCCACACUGGAGCACAUCAGAGACCAGAGACCGAGCCUUGUCCGCACCAAGGACCAGUUUGAGUUUGCGCUGACAGCCGUGGCCGAGGAGGUGAACGCCAUCUUGAAGGCUUUGCCGCAGUGAAUCGUCGCCACCUGAACACCACACCUUAUCAUUCACCUUUUCUUCUGUUAAAUGUUUGGGCCCCAACCUGAAUAAAUGUGUCAAAGGUCACAAGCCGUAAAAGAGACACAACUUUGCUUUUUUGUCUUGUGUGGGUUGUCAAGUUGGGAGUGUGUCCAUGUUUGUGUCCCUGGAGUACUUUGAACAUCAUCAUUCAUGUAAAUACUCCUCCCAGAUUUAUUUCAUGUAGCAAAAGGAUAAAAUGGCUAUAAAAAAUGUAUUUUUGACUUGAGAAAUAAAUGUUGUGAUGUGACGCAG